UCGAAUCGGAACGCAAAUUUCUGCUGCAUCGCCUUAUUUUUUCGGUAUUAUUUGUUCAGUUUUCAAACCGCAACGGUUUGCGGUUCGGUUACCUCAGGUUCAAGAUUGUGUCACGAUUUAAGAGGAAAACCCCAGGAAACAUUUACGCGGCCUUGCCGAUCUUGUCAGUGUCGUGUUUGGCGAGAGUUGAAAUCUGUGCGUUUUAUGGAGAUGCAAAGUGUUUAAUGAUAGGGUAAUAAGACAUGUUUAAUGGAGCAACGCGGUGGUUUCUAGAAGUCAUCUAAAUCAGUAGUGAACAAUUUAAGAGCUUGUCAUUUUUCAAUCAACAGAAGUAAAAGUGGUUUAAUUACCAGUUAAAUGAGCAUGCAAUUAGUUUUAUUAGUUUGACAAACUGAGAGCAGUGCAAGAAACAGCUGCAGAACGGAAUGAGAUUGGGUACAGAAAGAUAGACAUAGCCUGUUCGAUAUUCUGUUAUCCUACACUUCUUACGAAAUAUUCGUCAGAACAAACAUCAGGCAAAAAUCGGCAAACAAAUAAAAAUCCACCACCGAACGAACGGUUCAUGAUGUUGUGUUUCUUUGUCGCAAAUCGCCGCCGCUACCGCAGUUCAAGCUUCUGAGCUAAGUUCAGUUGAUAACACAUCGGACGACCGAAGGAAAUUCGGUGGUUCGGAGUAGGGUGGUACAGGACUGGACCUGGGCUGAGAUAGUACACGAGCCCAACUGCAGCUGCUAGUCAACGAAGCCAACGAACCGCCAGAAGCUUACCGGCUCGCAAUCUCUUAUCUGUUUACAUGGUUAGUUAUCGAUUUUGUGCUUCCUCCACGUAACGCUACGGAACUGCCACAAUGUAAUAACAGGGCGAAACCGAUAACAAAAACUGGUAGCCGAUAGAGCUGUUGUGUGCACUACCGACAAAGUGCGGAUGGCGACCGGGCUGCGGUCAGACUGAGCCAAACCAAGCCAACCGAGAUAAGCUAAAGCUAUACAGAAAAUUGCGAAAUUUUCAUAUAUCACUUGUGCUUCCGUUCGUGAAAAAAACACCAUGUUUCCUUGUUCAGAAAAGUUAUCCGGCCACGAAUAAUGAGACCCGCCCUCAAUUGGCUCAUCAUUACAACCGCUGCUGCCACACUUCAUUACUAUUGUUCCACGAUGGUGAUGGUGAACUGCUCUCGAACAUAUAUUCCCUACAGUGACAGCGAAAUUCUUAAAUUGACGCAAAGCCCGGCCGGCUCAGAUGCCCGGCUACGAUGCGGUAUAAAAGAGUACCAUGCGGAUCACAUGAAUUCGUCCGAGGUGCAGUGGUACUUCAAGCCCUGUGGCGAGGGAACUAAUCGAACUUCCUGCCAUAACCGGGAAUUGCUUGACCAAAUUCCCUGGCGUCCAAUCGACUGUGAAAACAGAAGGUGCCGCGUAACACUGUUCAUUAAAAAUACCUCCGAAUCCGAUUCCGGACUGUACCGCUGUAGCAUUCAUCCCUAUCGAACCAACAAUCAAACUCAAUUUGACAUCCAGCUGGUACGCACUUUUCAACUAGAUGUUAUCAAAUCUCUUCUGGACGAAACCGUGCCAGCUCCUGAGUUGCUGGAUAAUCUACCAGCCAAUAUGACUGCCCUGUUGGACUCCCAAAUAGUGUUACAAUGCCGAGUGUACAGUAAAGUUCAACCAUCCAUCAAAUGGUUCCGUCGGAUAAACCUCAACAAUCCACUGGAAGACCACAAUUUCAAUCAGGACAAAUCGAUUCGUUAUCUGGAGAACUUCUACGAGUUAUUGCCGUCGUCUGGUGAGAAACCGCUUUCCGAUGACGUGUACCUUAGCAAACUGAUCCUGCAUAGCAUAUCCGAGCGGGACACCGGUAUCUACGUGUGCGUCGGAAUUAACUACGGUGGAAUCAGCACGGCCGAUGCCUAUGUGAAUGUAGUUCAUCCGAAUGGCACUUCGGUCGGCGGUAGCUCCAGUAUGGCAGAUCUAAUGGUGCUGUUCCUAAUUCCACUGGGACUGGCGGUGAUACCGCUUGCGGUGUGGAUUUGUUUCAUCGUACUGAAACGGCGCAACGAUGUGCCGGCGAGAAAGCCAGCAAUCGAAGCCGAAUGGGCAACCGACGGUGCAGUCGGGAAACAGCACACAAAUGGCAGUUUUGUUGCGGAACGGGAAACACCAGUGCGUUACGUGAGCAAAGCGAGACACAAACGAAACCUAAGUCCCGAAGGACCACAUCUGUACGAAAAGAUUAAUAUUAUGUAGUUUGCAGUGAUUAAGGCUGUGCACCAUUUCGCAGUUAAUUUUAUCUUUUGGCAAAAAGUGGUUAUUUUGUGUCGAGUUGUUAAAUUUAACUAAAACUGCGGCCCAUUUCAAAGUUUGACGGAUGGAAAGUUAUUCGGGUUUAUUUUGCACUGGAAAUAAUUUUGACUAAAUAAUUGAUAUUAGAAUUUUCUUUGCAAGAUUUUUUUCAGUGUCGGAAAAUAACCAUCGAUCUGUCAAAAAUAACCAUGCUUUCGAGCAGGGUUAUUUUUGACAACAUCAAAAUAACCACUCGAGUGUCAGAUUUCAACCAAAAGUUAGAAUUACCGCGAAAUGGUUCACAGCCUAAGAAGAUGAAUGUAGUACCAAAGAGAUAUUUUGUACAUAGGUUGUAUAAUAUAUUAAAAAUGUAAAUUGCAAUAAAUAUAUCAGACUGAA